AAACAUGGUAAAAAUAGACAACACGUAAUCUGUUCGGAUUCACAUCAUCAUUUGGAUUUGGAAUCUCCUUUUCGCUAACUUUCUGCUCUGUUGUUAAGUAGGCAUACAGUGAAUUGAUUAUUUUGAGAUGGGAGGUGAAGAUGUCUAUGUGUGUCAUCAUGAAAGUGACAACAAGUUUGCAAAAUUUCUAGCUGAUAAUUUAAGACAAAAUGGGUUGGGAGUGUGGAGACCAAACACCGAUGCCCCCUCCAGCAAAGGCAAAGCUCUUGUUGAUGCAAAGGUCUGUCUUGUGAUCUUGAGUGAGGCUUCUUUGCAGGAUAAAUCAUGUGAAGAUGCAAUCUCUCUGGCAUAUAUAUCUGAUAAACCUGUCUUCCCCGUAGCCAUCAAAGCAUUCCCAGAUCUGGAAAAGAAUCUCACCUUCUCCAUGAGGCUAAUAUUGGCCAAAUUGAACUGGGUCUUCUUUAUACCGUCCGAGGACUCCUCCGAGUACCCCACCAACUCCCUGCCUGUCCUCAUUUCAUCCAUGAAGCGGGAGAUAGAAGCAGUCUCGCAACGUGACAAGCCCCAAGCUGGAGAUAUCGAAGGUAAUCUCGAGGGUGGUGGUUCAUCCCAACGUGCUUUCUACAAACGAUGGAACAGCGUGAAAGACGACGUAGAGCAGAUUGAUUUCUGGGAGGAGAACUUUGGCAGUGCAAAAGAAGUUACAUGGAUCAAAUUCAGGGAAGCUUUCCUGGAUGUGUAUGAAGAACAAAUCAAUGAUCAAAUUACAUCCAGCAAUACCCAAUGGAUCAUCAAUAUCCUGUAUGGAGAUGUCCUGGAGCUUAAGAAGACUGUAACAAAGAAGAUGUAUGAUGAUUUCUGUGGGGACGCAUCCUGGGGUCCUGAUCGAUUCUUCCUACGUCUCAUGGAUUAUGCCAAGGGAACUAUCGCUAUGAGAGGAGUCUUUAACAUGAAGAGUACUGUCAGACUUGAUGCUGUCCAGAACCUUGGUCAAUUCCGUACUGCCCCAGUGAUAACAUCUCUUCUCUCUUUACUUGAUGACAAGGAUGCCAAUAUGAGAGCUGUAGCAGCCAUUGCUUUAGGAAAGACAGAGGUGAGAAGCAAACGGGUCGUGACUAAGCUGAUCUCUAAACUGACGGAUGAGGAUCGUUUGGUGAGAGAGGCAACUUGUUUAUCCCUUGGUCAUCUCAAAGCCAAGUCUUCAGUGCCCAAGUUGGUUGAAAGAUGGAGGAGUGAUGUGAUAUCAGAUGUUAGAAAAUCAGCAGAGAUUGCGCUGGAGCAGGUGGGUUCCGAAGAAUCCCAGAAUGCACUCCGGAUGACGUACCUGCUCUCCAAGGAAAUGACUAAACUUGAAGCAGAGGAUGUCAGUUAGAUAAAGAAGGGGACAUAGUGAUGGGGGGGGGGGAGAUUUUGGAAGGGACACUGAUAGACUUUUGAAUUCUUGUUGGAGACAAUUUGUAGGUAAUUCACAUGAAUUUAUAAACUAAAAAUAAAAGAAAAUACAGCCUUUCAACUUUUGUACUUGAAAAUGUGGAUAUAUUUUUAUAUUAAGAAUGUCUUUCAUAUUCUGCCUUCAUCUCAGUUUUUGUCCCUUUUUUGAAUAUGAACUUAACUACUGGUAAAUUCAUUUGCACUUAUGCUAGUACUGCGCCUACACUGCAAGAAUCCAACAAUUUCAUUUUUACGCAAAAAAUGUGAUCUUAUAAACCAUUAUUAAAUAUUUUUAUGUUGCCAUAAAUAUGGCAAUAAAUAUGCCAACAUUUUGGGUUUCAGUAUAUAAUUUCUUAUCAAUGUUCAAAAUGUGGUAAUAUAUUCCCUUGUAAGACUUUCAAUUGUCAUUUUCUCACAGUAAUUCUUAGCCAUUUGCAACAAUUAGCUUGCCUGUAAUUUUGCUUUGAUUAGUUACUGCAUAAAGACACUGAUUUAAUAGUGCAUUUUGUAUAUGAAAAAAGAAAGGAAAAAAAAUGAAUGUAGUCUUGGAAUUAUUUCUUGGUUAUAAAUUGUUCAAAUUAUAUCAUCCUAUAAACUAUUCCUCCUGAUUUAUAUAUUCCUUGGUAAUUGGUAUCAUGGUCUGUUGAAGUGCAAUAGAUAAUAGAGUAGUUUUGUAUAUUUUGUUAUUUGGGGUUCUUUCACAUAAAGAUAUGUUGUGUAGUGCAAGGGGCAUUGUUGGUAUAUUUACAGGUUUUUAAACCGAUUGUAAAAUAGCUGUUUGAACUUGAAUUCCCUUUUACUAAUAUGCAGAUGUUCACAGGUCAAAACAACAGGAAUGUAUUGUAAAUAAAUUUAUUAUUUAAUGCUAAAA